AACAACGCUUCACGUUUCCCGUCAGCGUCACUUUUGUGUUCAUGUGUUGUGCUGUUUGAUUUCUGCGGAUGGCGAUAAAAAUAUACACGUGCUACAAGAAAUAAAAAUACAAACACAUCAUUAAAGUAAAAAAUGCAAUCUACUUCUGAUUACUAAUUAUGAGUAAGUUAUUUGUGCUCUAUGAGCACAGUGCAGGGUUCGCCCUGUUCCGUGUGUCAGAGUUUGAGGAGCUGGCAGCGUUUCUGCCUCAGGUGGAAGAGUCUGUCACCGACCUGCAGAGAUUCAACUCUGUGGUCACCUUGAUCUCAUUCCAGCCAUUCAAGUCUGCCGUGCUCGCUUUGGAAAACAUUAAUGCUAUUUCUGAAGGUAUCCUACCAGAAGACCUGAACUUAUUCCUGGAGGGAGCACUGCCUAAACGCAAGAAACGGAACAAAUGCACCCUGGGAGUGUUGGACCCCAAGCUGGGAGCGGCCAUCAGUGAGGCGUUGGAGAUACCAUGCUCACACACUGGUGUGGUUCCAGAAGUGCUGAGAGGUAUAAGGCACCACUUCCACUCGCUCAUCAAAGGGCUGACCCUCAAAGCCUGCAGCGUGGCUCAGCUUGGCCUGGGUCACUCGUACUCCCGCGCCCGCGUCAAGUUCAACGUGCACCGCGUGGACAACAUGAUCAUCCAGUCCAUCGCGCUGCUGGACCAGCUCGACAAGGACAUCAACACCUUCUCCAUGAGGAUCCGAGAAUGGUACUCCUACCACUUCCCAGAGCUGGUGAGCAUUGUCCCCGACAACCACCUGUACGCCAAAUGCGCGGAGUACAUCAAAGACCGCAAGUCCCUCACCGCAGAGUCCCUGGAGCCUCUCACUGAGAUCAUCGGGGACUCGGAGAAGGCCCAGGCGGUCCUCGAUGCCUCUAAGAUGUCCAUGGGAAUGGAUAUUUCUCCCGUUGAUCUGAUCAACAUACAGAUGUUUGCUGUUCGAGUUGUAGCAUUGGGUACUUACAGGAAGCAAAUAUCCCACUACCUGCACACCAAGAUGAGCUCCGUAGCGCCAAAUCUCACCACGCUGGUGGGCGACCAGGUGGGCGCGCGACUCAUCUCCAAGGCGGGCUCGCUGACCAGCCUGGCCAAGUACCCCGCCUCCACGCUGCAGAUACUCGGCGCUGAGAAGGCGCUGUUCCGCGCACUGAAGACGCGCUCCAAGACGCCCAAGUACGGUCUGCUGUACCACUCCACGUUCAUCGGGCGCGCCGGUCUCAAGAACAAGGGCCGCAUCAGCCGGUACCUGGCCAACAAGUGCAGCAUUGCUUCCAGGAUCGACUGCUUCUCCGAGAACCAAACAACAAUAUUUGGUGAGAAGCUCCGUCAGCAAGUCGAAGACAGGCUCAAGUUCUACGAGACGGGCGACAUUCCCGCCAAAAACAUUGACGUGAUGAAGCAGGCCAUAGACGAAGUGGCCCUGGCGUCACAAGAACAGGUAGAUGACGAGGAACCCAAGAAGAAGAAGAAAAAGAAGAAGAAGAACAAACAAGAAGUUGAAGCUAUGGAGGAGUGAAGAAAUAUUUAAUAUGUCUAAAGUAUUUUUAUCUGGCAAUUUGUGCGUGUUUUCAAUGUUUUUUUUUUUUUUUUACCUAGAUAAUUAUUAUUUUACACAUUAUUGUAAUGGUAAUUAAUAUUGUAAUUAAGAACAUAUACUUAAAAAACUAUGAAAAUUGCAAUUAUUUUUCGAUGUGAAGACAUUUAUUUCAUUGCGUAGACAGAAAAAUAAAUAGACUUAAUAAAUGCAUUUCGAUUCUUAUUUGUUUCUCUGUCUACAGCGUACAUACUCCACAAGCGCUAUGUGUUGCCAUUUAAAAAUAAUUUACAUGUGUUAUAUUGAAUAUAUAUUUACGACUUCGUACAAAGUUCAUAAUUUUUAUGAAGAUACUUGUAGGAAUAAUUGUGUCUAAUGAAUAUUAAAUAUUUUAUAUUUGAAAUAA